AUGGAUACAAUUUCCUCCGUAUUGGGCCCAACCCCAACGGGUUCAUUUGUAUCGUUAACGUCGAAUCUAUUGAGUGGAACAAUGGGUAGCUCAGGUUCUAUACCAACAGCAGCAUCAAGCCUUUUAUCAAAUGCAAUUCCAAGUGCUGUUUUGAGCAUAUCAAGCACAGAAUCAGCGCUGCCUUCAAGUACGGCUGCUCCUGAUGCGGCAGAAACAUCUUCUUCAGGCUUUGAUGGCAUUAUACCAGGAUUCAAUGGCAGCCAAGUUACCGGACCACUGUCUGUUGUGGGCAGUGUCGAUAAGCAGAGUGGACUGGACACUCAAUUGCUUAUUAGUUCUUCGGUUGGGUUGUUUUGUUUCCUGGUAUUUUGUAUUUUGAGAACAAGAAUACCAGUAAUCUUUGCUCCGCGUAUGAAUAUGAAGAAACAUCGACCACCAGAGUUGCCAUCAUCUUUAUUUGGCUGGGUUAUACCCUUGAUUCGUAUCAGCCAAGAACAGCUCUUGGACAACGUCGGACUAGACGCAGUAGUGCUUAUUCAAUUCCUUGUCAUGGGAAUUAAGCUGUUUGGAUUAUGUUCAUUCUUUGGCCUCACUGUUUUGAUUCCAAUUAGCAUGAAAACUGGAAAUUCCACAAACCCGAAUAUCACAGCAGUCAAUAGAUUAUCGAUCACUGUCAUUGACGAAUCCUCCAACUCUUUGAUUGCCUAUCUUGUGUUCACCUACAUCUUUACCUUUUUUACGUUUUAUUUCCUGCAACAGAACUACGAUUCCCACAUUUACCUUCGUGCUAAAUACCUCAUUCGCCUCUCAAAAACCCUCACGGCUCGAUCCGUUAUUGUCACCGGUAUACCUGAAAAAUUACGUUCCGAUCAUGAGCUGGCGGACUAUUUCGAACACCUUAACAUCGGUCCAGUCGAGAGUUGCUAUGUUGUACGACACAUAAGCCAUCUAAACAAGCUCUUAAAGAAACGUCUUUCGGCUCUCAAACACCUAGAGAGAGCCUAUGCAACCUACUGGGGCAACCCAUGCAAGAUCCCAGAGUAUGACCCUGAUCUGGUGCUUGAAGAUGCAAAGAUGCUGAAGCGUGUCGAAAAAUUAACUCAACAGGCAAUUGAACACGAAGAGAACUCAAGCAACACAGCCAUCAUCAUGAAUCUGAUUGACCCAAAGAAGCGUGGUACUCAAUCCCAUCGACCACAAGUUAAAACAGGCUUUUUGGGCCUUUUUGGUGAAAAAGUGGAUGCGAUCGAAUACUAUACAAAGAUGUUUGAUGAACUGGACAAACGAGUGGUAGAAGCACGACAAUCCACUGAUUUUGAAAUGACAAACGUUGGCUUUGUAACCUUUAAAAAUAUGGCGAGUGCGUUGAUCGUCUCUCAGAUCGCAAUUAGUCCAACUCCAUUCGUGUGUCGUACUGUGAUGGCCUAUGAGCCUCGCGAUGUUUUGUGGAACAAUGUCACUAUACGAGGUAGAGAACGAUUGGUGCGCGAGGUAGUGGUGUGGACAAUUACGAUCGCCCUGGCGAUCUUCUGGGUUAUCCCUAUUGCUGCCCUCGCUUCUCUUACAAGUAUCGAUUUCCUCGAGAGAUUAUCACCUUCACUGGCCGAAAAGGCAAAAUCAUCUGCCCUAUUGCUCAAUCUCUUACAAGGUGUAAUCCCUACUCUACUGGUGAAUAUUUUUAUGGCUAUAUUGCCAUUAAUUAUCGACUUACUUGGUAAACUGCAAGGAAUUCGCGCUCGUAGUGCCUUGGCCGAGACAACGUUUAGCAAAUACUUUUUCUUCCUCUUGUUCAACGUUCUCCUUGUAUUUGCCGUCGUAAAUACUGUUACAAGUACACUCGUGAGCUUUUUCAAUAACCCAAAAGAUAUCGUCAAUGUAUUGGGUGAAAAAUUACCUGCGGUUUCUCCAUUCUUCAUCAAUUAUACCAUCCUUCAAGGUUUCUUACUAAUGCCUCUCAAUCUACUUCUUUUGGGUCCACUGAUUGUCCGCGGGUUUAAGGAAUUCUUUAUCUGUAAAUCUCCUCGAGACUAUGCCAGAAACCGUGUACCAAGCUCUUUUAAUUACGGUGUUCAGUUCCCAGCACCUCUCUUGAUCUUCAUCAUUGUCCUGGUGUACUCCACAAUCUCUCCCUUGAUCCUUGUGUUUGGUACAAUCUACUUUUGCAUCACAUAUUUUGUUUACAAGUAUAGGUUUCUCUAUGUCCACUUUACUCCAUACGAAUCAUCCGGAAAACUUUGGGUGAUGGUGUUCCCAAGAGUGAUUAUUGGUUUGCUUCUCUUCCAGCUGACAGUGUUAGGAAUAUUUAUCCUCAAGAAGUUCUUUGUACUGGCCAUUCUGUGCGUGCCGCUUAUGGUGAUUACCGUACUAUUCAAGAUCAUGAUAGACUCUGCUUAUCUAGAAAAUAGCCGAUAUUUACCAAUGCAGCUCUUGCGUGACAAUGUGAUGCAGCUCCCGACAUCGGAUCAAACGUCUUCAAAUAAGUCAGCGUCGACACCUUUGUCAGAGGCAACCCAAAACAGUUCAGAUGCGACUAAUAUCAAUCGCAAAAGAUGGAAAAAAGCGACUGCUGCGGCACUGCUGAUAAAUACCCAGAACACGUCAUUUGCCACACUUAAUGAACCAACAUCUGUUCAUCAUCGCCGGGUAGCAUUAGAUGAAGAUGAUUACGAAGCCGUCCCAGACAGAAAAACAGACUAUCGCCAACCACCCGUCACACUUAACCCUGGCGUGCUUGACACUGGAUUAAAGCACUUUGGUAAUCCUGCAUUAAAGGGCGUGCUCCCUCAAUUGUGGCUUCCCAUCAAACUCAAUCGAGCUGGUCAACCAGCUACACGUCCACCACCGCACAAACGUUUUGGUGGCAGCCACCUUGCAACAAACUUGGCUCAAAUGCUGCGACGAGCGGAAUCGGCUAAACGUAAAGAGUCCGAGAAGGCUACCAACUCUGGAAGCAACCCUAGUCUUGAUGUGUCGGGUGAAAAAGGUGCCAUGGCCGCGGACAGGUUUCUCAAGACCAGCGGACCUCUUAGAGCAAGAUUUGAAAAAUCUCAGGGUAAAUUUCAGGAUUCUACGGAUAUUUUGGCAGAUGAACCAUCCAAGUAUUCCAGAAGAUCUUCGAGAGUCCCAAUGGCUGCUGCUGACACACACUCACUGGAUGAGCAAUAUGAUGAUAAUGAUGAUGAUGAUGAUAAUUAUUCAGAUAUUAGCGAUGUACAAAAAGGUCCACAUGCUACGUACUAUCACCACCCAUCCCAGCGUCGUCACUCUCUGGGUAAUUUAGUUACUCCUCAACGCCCAAAUAUAAACCCUCAAAAUGGAGACAGUGCGCCGGCCGUUUUUUGCUCCACACAAUCACCGUCUAGUUCUUAA